CGCGGAGUAAGCUACGAGCUUUUCCCGCCUGAGAAGUCAGACGCCGGCGAUUUGUAGGCAGAGGUCAGUAAAUAAGAAGAAGGAAAGACGACGGGAAUAUUUUUGAAGACGAUGAGCGCCUCCGAUCUACCGACGAAGGAAGCGAACGUGCUGAAAGGUCAUGAGGGCGCCGUACUGGCCGCGAGGUUCAACGCUGACGGCAACUAUUGCCUGAGCUGCGGGAAGGACCGAACCAUCCGCCUCUGGAAUCCCCACCGCGGCAUCCACAUCAAGACCUACAAAUCCCACGGCCGGGAAGUCCGCGACGUUCACGUCACGCCGGAUAAUUCCAAGCUGAUUUCUUGCGGCGGCGAUCGGCAGGUGUUCUAUUGGGAUGUAUCCACCGGUAGAGUGAUCAGAAAGUUCCGUGGGCACGAAAGCGAGGUGAAUGCUGUGAAGUUCAAUGAGUAUUCAUCUGUGGCGGUAUCAGCUGGAUAUGAUCAAUCCUUGCGCAGUUGGGAUUGCCGGUCUCACAGUACCGAGCCUAUUCAGAUCAUUGACACGUUCGCCGAUAGUGUGAUGUCGGUUUGCUUGACGAAAACCGAGAUCAUUGCUGGGAGUGUCGAUGGUACGGUUAGAACGUUUGACAUUCGAGUUGGGAGAGAAAUUUCGGACAAUUUGGGGCAACCUGUUAACUGUAUAUCUUUGUCAAAUGAUGGUAACUGCAUAUUAGCUAGUUGCUUGGAUUCCACCUUGCGCCUUUUGGACAGAACGAUGGGCGAGCUCUUGCAAGAAUAUAAAGGGCAUACUUGUCGAUCUUUCAAGUUAGACUGCUGCCUUACAAAUACGGAUGCCCACAUAACUGGUGGAUCGGAGGAUGGGUAUAUAUAUUUCUGGGAUCUUGUGGAUGCGACUGUGGUUUCAAGGUUCAGAGCACAUGCUUCAGUGGUAACAAGUGUGAGUUACCAUCCAAAGGACAGUUGCAUGGUGACUGCAUCCGUGGACAGCACAAUCCGUGUAUGGAAGACCUGAAGGACAAAAUCGGAGCAAAGAAGCAACCUUUUCUUGAUGCCAUCUAUAGCAGAAAGCCAUCUCUGACCGUUUUUCACCGAAAGUAAGGGUCUUUAGAAGGAUAGUCCUGCACGAGUCGAAUUAGUUCACCAGGCUUCGUUCUCCCACAUGCAAACCUUACUGAAGGAGCAGGGCGAUACUUUUAUCUGCCAAAGAUAGAUGGUUAGCAUUUGUGGGAGGAAAAGGUGAAAUUUGUGUGAGAGUUGGAGAUGCUGGUCUUUUCUGCAGCUGAUAUCCAAACCUUUAUAUUGUAACGUAUUGAGUUAGCAUGUUGUAAUAGUCUUAGAAUUCGAAUUGUUGAUAGAAAUUUGUUAUUAGUACGUCCAAUGAUGGAAACAUCUUCUGUGCAUAACUCCUGACAG